AUGAACGCUGUGGUAGGCGCCUACCUGGCCAUUGUCAGCGGGCAAAGACUUGGCAACGGGCCUUCCAGCUUCCUUGAUCCCUUCCUCCUCUUCAAAGGCAAACUUCGUGCUGCAGCAACUAGGUCGAAAUUCCAUGAUUCUGCUGAUCUCCGAUGGUUGGCAGACCGAUAUAGCGCCACUAUUCUGGCACGACGAGGUGAAUUGAACCCGCAGUACAUUGGCCUUGCGUUGAAGAGGUACCCUGAACUUGAGCUUCUGUUUGGCCGCUUGGGUGUUACUAUUACAGCGGCUAAGCAUUCUGUACGUGAUAUGAGCCCUUCAAGACUUCCACUGCCGGCACCGGGCGACGUUCAGAGGGGACUAUUGGGAUAG